CAAGCGGGACAUCGAGCUGCUGCUGAAGCUCAUUGCCAACCUCAACAUGCUGCUGAAGGACGAGAACGUCAACGUGGUGAAGAAGGCCAUCCUCACCAUGACCCAGCUCUACAAGGUGGCCCUGCAGUGGAUGGUGAAGUCGAAGGUGAUCAGCGAGCUGCAGGAGGCUUGCUGGGAGAUGAUGGCGGCCAUGGCCAGCGACAUCAUCCUCCUCCUCGACUCGGACAACGACGGCAUCCGCACCCACGCCAUCAAGUUCGUGGAGGGGCUCAUCAUCACCCUCUCGCCCCGCAUGGCCGACUCGGACGUCCCCAAACGUCACGAGAACGACAUCAGCCUCGAACGCAUCCCCAAGGACCACCCCUACAUCAAAUACAACGUGCUGUGGGAGGAAGGCAAGGCCGCCCUGGAGCAGCUCCUCAAGUUCAUGGUGCACCCGGCCAUCUCCAGCAUCAACCUGACGGCCGCCUUGGGUUCCCUGGCCACCAUCGCCCGCCAGCGGCCCAUGUUCAUGGCCGAGGUCAUCCAAGCCUACGAGACCCUCCACGCCAACCUGCCCCCCACCCUGGCCAAGUCGCAGGUGAGCAGCGUCCGUAAGAACCUCAAGCUGCACCUCCUGAGCGUCCUGCGGCACCCGUCCUCGGGGGACUUCCAGCCCCAGAUCACCACCCUCCUCGUCGACCUGGGCACCCAACAGGCCGAGAUCGCCCGCAGCAUGCCCAGCCCCCGCGACUCCCGCAAACGACCCCGCGACGAGCCCGACGCCACCCUCAAGAAGAUGAAGAUUGGCGAGACCCGCGUGGAGCAGACGAAGCACCUGAAGGAGGAGCCGAAGGAGGAGAAGGCGGCCAAGCCGGAGAGCGUGGUGAUCAAGCGGCGGCUGUCGGCGCUGGCCCAGGGCCAGGCCAUCUCGGUGCUGGGCGCCCAAGGCUCGGCCGCCAACCUGCUGGAGGAGGAAGCCCCGCAAGCCAAACGUCGCCCUGAGCCCAUCAUCCCAGCCACGCAGCCCCGGCGGCAGUUCCAGUACCUCCAAGUCCUGCUGGACCUCAGCUCCCACGAGAAGGACAAGGUCCGCCAGCAGGCCCUGCUCUUCAUCAAGCGCAUGUACGAGAAGGACCAGCUGCGGGAGUACGUGGAGAAGUUCGCCCUCAACUACCUGCAGCUCCUGGUGCACCCCAACCCACCCUCCGUCCUCUUCGGGGCCGACAAGGACACGGAGGUGGCGGCGCCGUGGACGGAGGAGACCAUCAAGCAGUGCCUCUACCUCUACCUGGCGCUGCUGCCCCACAACCACAAGCUCAUCCACGAGCUGGCCUCUGUCUACACCGAGGCCAUCGCCGACAUCAAGCGCACCGUCCUGCGGGUCAUCGAGCAGCCGAUCCGGGGGAUGGGGAUGAACUCGCCCGAACUGCUGCUGCUGGUGGAGAACUGCCCCAAGGGAGCCGAGACGCUGGUGACACGCUGCCUGCACAGCUUGACGGACAAAGUGCCCCCCUCGCCCGAGCUGGUGAAGAGGGUCCGCGAUCUCUAUCACAAGCGGCUGCCGGACGUGAGGUUCCUCAUCCCCGUCCUCAACGGGCUGGAGAAGAAAGAGGUGAUCCAGGCGCUGCCCAAACUCAUCAAGCUCAACCCCAUCGUGGUCAAGGAGGUCUGGAGGUCUACCCGCCUGCUGGGGACGCAGCACGGUGACGGCGCCUCGGCCGUGUCCCCGCUGAACCCGGGGGAGCUGCUGAUCGCCCUGCACAACAUCGACUCCUCCAAGUGCGACAUGAAGUCCAUCAUCAAGGCCACCAACCUGUGCUUCGCCGAGCGCAACGUCUACACCUCGGAGGUGCUGGCGGUGGUGAUGCAGCAGCUGAUGGAGCAGAGCCCCCUGCCCAUGCUGCUGAUGCGCACCGUCAUCCAGGCCCUCACCAUGUACCCCCGCCUGGGCGGCUUCGUCAUGAACAUCCUCUCCCGCCUGAUCGACAAGACGAAGGUGACCUUCGUCAAAUGGCUGCCGGAGACGGAGCGGCUCUUCCUGGCCUCCCACGCCAGCGGCCACCUGUACCUGUACGACGCCGAGCAGCCCUGCGGGGCCGCGGCCCCCCAGUACAACCUCCUGACGCAGGGCGAGGGCUUCAGCGUCUUCGCCUGUAAGAGCAAGACCCCCCGAAACCCCCUCCUCAAAUGGGCGGUGGGCGAGGGGGCCCUCAACGAAUUCGCCUUCUCGCCGGACGGGCGCUCGCUGGCCUGCGUCAGCCAGGACGGCUGCCUGCGCGUCUUCCACUUCGACUCCAUGCUGCUGCAGGGGAUGAUGAAGAGUUAUUUCGGGGGGUUGCUCUGCGUCUGCUGGAGCCCCGACGGGCGUUACGUGGUGACAGGGGGCGAGGAUGACCUGGUGACCGUCUGGUCCUUCGCCGAGGGGCGGGUGGUGGCCCGAGGUCACGGUCACAAGUCUUGGGUCAACGCCGUGGCCUUCGAUCCCUUCACCGGGGCGGCGCAGGCCCCCCAGCCCCCCGAGCUGAGCGGGG